UUGGAUGCUGAAACGAAACGAAAACAACACAACAACAACAACAACAACAGCCAAAAACAAUUAUGUUUUUAAUAAAGAAAAAUUUUAAAUUUCUAAUCAUAUCAAUAAUGAUGACUACAAUUAUAACAAUAUUGGUUAUUAUGAUUAUAAUGGCCAUUUGUGGUCAAGCUUAUUCACAACAACAACAACAACAACAUCAUCAUAAUCAUAAUCAUAAUCAUCGACAACAACAACAUUCACAACCACAAGCAUCAUCAGAUCAACAACAGCACAGCAUAACGGUAAAAAAGAAUAGUGAUUAUCAUCCACAGAAUGAAUCAUUAUCAUCAUUAUUAUGGCCAUUAUCAAUGACAAAUAGUUUAUCAACUGAAUCGAUUAUGUUGAUUAAUAAUGAAACAACAUCAAUAUUGUUGUUGGAUAAAUUAUCAUCAACAAAAACAACGAAAGCAAAAUCAUCAACAACAACCGAACGUCAAAAUAAUGAAGAAUAUUUUUCCUAUAAUGUACAAAUAAUAUGGUCAUUAAUAUUUGGUAUAAUGAUAACCAUUGGUUUAUUAGCAAAUUUAUUAGUAAUGGCAACUAUUGGUGGACAUAAAUCAUUACAUACAGUAACAAAUUGUUUCUUACUUAAUCUUACCGUUUCGGAUUUAGUUACAUUAUUAUUUAAUGCAAUAUUUAAUUUUGUUUUUAUGAUUACCGGAAAUUGGCCAUUUGGUAAUCGUUAUUGUAUUGUAAAUAAUUUUAUUACAAAUUUAACUAUUGCAAUAUCAGUAUUUACAAUUAUGUUUACAAGUAAAGAAAGAUAUAAUGCAAUAGUACAUCCACUUGAAAAACGUAUGACACAACAUCGUGCAUUAGUACAUAUACUGAUAAUAUGGAUAGCUAGCGCCAUCUUUGCCAUUCCAGCAUUAAUAUUUUCUCGAACAUUACGUGAUACAUCAAUACAAAGAACUGUUUGUUUGAUUGUUUGGCCGGAUGGUUAUCCCGGGAAAUCUCGUUUAGAUUUUUUUUAUAAUCUUUUAUUUUUGGUAUUAACAUAUUUACUGCCAUUAAUGACAAUGGCUAUUGCUUAUACAUUAAUGGCUCGUGUAUUAUGGGGUAGUAAACAAAUUGGUGAAACAACACAAGCACAAGCUAGUCUUGUACGUUCAAAACAAAAAGUUGUACGAAUGUUAAUUUGUGUUGUAAUUGUAUUUGCUGUUUGUUGGUUACCAUAUCAUGUUUAUUUUCUAACAACAUAUCAAUGGCCUGAAUUAACAACAUGGCCCGGUAUACAACAUAUAUUUUUAGCUAUUUAUUGGUUAGCUAUGUUUAAUUCGGUACUUAAUCCAAUAAUAUUAUUAUUAAUGAACAAAAGAUUUCGACGUUAUUCAACAAAAUUUCUUAAUUUUUGGCCACUUAAUCGAGCUUUUAAUGCUGAAACAACAUCAACACAAACAACAACGGCUGUUGCUGCGGCUGCCGCAGCUGCUGCUGGUACUGCCGGUACUGGUGCUAAUACACAACAACCAUCUACCAACAUCAACAAUAAUAAUAACGGUAUUGCUGUGAAUGGUCAACGAUCUACAAAUAUGGUUUUAGUUAAAUCACAUAGUCCAAAUUUUAAUCGUAUUUCAAGUGAAUUAUUUAUAAAUGGUGAUAUUAAUUAUAAAAAUGAUCAACAUUUGGCCAACACAACAACAACAACAACGACGAUGACAAAAAAAUUAUUACCUCAAAAUAGUAUUAAAAUAUCAAAACAAACAUCAUCAUCAACAACAAUGCCUAUUGACGAUGAAAAUAUUAACAAAAAUACUUUUUUAUCCGCAUUAGUUGUACCUGAUUAACGACAAUAUGAAUUAAUUGGGGGGUGAUUGAUCUGGAUUCUAAAAUGAUUCUUGAACCCGAAAAAGAUUCUUGAACCCGAAAAAGAUUCUUGAACCAAAAAAAAAAAAAAAAAAAAAAAAUGAAAA